CGAAACAGAGAAACAGAGGGCUUGAGGAAAUUGAGCGAAGACUGAUGUAGGGUGCUUAGAGAGGACGACAGUGAGAGCUGUUUGUAGUGCUUUUUUUUCGUAAAGGACGGGUAGACCAAAGACAAAGCACCUCUCCAAAAUGCUCUGCCAUGUAACUCGACCGGACGCGGUGGUGAUGGAGAUUGAAGUGGACGCGAAGGCGAACGGAGAGGACUGUCUGAAUAAGGUAUGUCGGAAGCUGGGAAUCAUUGAGGUGGAUUACUUUGGGCUGCAGUUUUCUGGCAGUAAAGGAGAGAACCUGUGGCUGAACCUGAGGAACCGAAUCUCCCAGCAGAUGGAAAACCUCACGCCCUGCAGACUACGGCUCCGAGUGAAGUUCUUCGUGGAGCCUCACCUUAUUCUGCAGGAGCAGACGAGACACCUGUUUUUUAUGCAUGUGAAAGAGGAUCUGCAUCGUGGACAUCUGCGGAUGUGCUCCGAACAGGCCGAAGAGCUCAGCUCUCUCCUGGCCCAGGCAGAGUUUGGGGACUAUAACCAGAACACAGCCAAGUACUGGUACACUGAACUCUGUGCCACAGAGCCCAACCAAGCCAUCAUCAACAGUAUCAUAUCCAAGCACAAGGCUCUGGAGGGUCUGAGCCAGGCGUCGGUGGAGUACCAGGCCCUGCAGCUGGUGUCGUCUCUGGAGCAUUAUGGGGUGGAGUGGCACUGGGUGCGGGACGCUGAAGGACAGAGGUUGGCUUUCGGAGUGGGACCAGACGGCAUCGCGAUCUGCCGAGAGGACUUCAGCCUGGUUAACAGGAUAUCUUAUCCUUUAAUACAAAUUGCCACGCAAUCAGGGAAGAGCGUGUACUUGACGAUCACCAAGGACACCGGCGACAGUGUGGUCCUGCUGUUCAAGUUGAUCAGUAAUCGAGCAGCCAGCGGCCUGUAUCGGGCCAUCACCGAGACACACGCCUUUUACAGGUGCGACACGGUAACAAACGCCGUCAUGAUGCAAUACAGCCGUGAUUUCAAGGGUCACCUGGCUUCACUUUUCCUCAAUGAGAACGUCAACCUGGGCAAGAAGUAUGUAUUCGACAUCCGGCGGACCUCCAAGGAAGUGUACGACUACGCCAGGCGCGUGCUGUAUAACGCUGGUAUCGUGGACAUGAUGUCGAGGCCAGGGGAGCGCACCCCGUCGUCCCGAUCGCCGUCCCAUGACCAGGAGGGGGCGCUGGACUGCGGGGGCUGCCAGCAGAGUCGACUGCUGCAGGAGAAGCUGCAGAAACUGCGGGAGGCGCUGCUGUGCAUGCUGUGCUGCGAGGAAGAGAUCGACGCUGCCUUCUGUCCCUGCGGUCACAUGGUGUGCUGCCAGAACUGUGCUGGACAGCUGCAGUCAUGCCCAGUGUGUCGUUCAGAGGUGGAACACGUCCAGCACGUCUACCUCCCUACGUGCACCAGUCUGCUCAACCUGACCAUCGGCGGGGGACACAACAGCCCCGAACCCAUCCACCGAGGCAUGACCUCCCACACCUGCACUACCAACAACGACUACAACACCACAGAGAAGAUCUACCAAAACUGAGCCUGCCCGCCGCUCCUCAAAGAACUGAUGUUUUUGAAACCAUUGAGGAGCUCUAUUAAUGUUUGUCUCUUGAAUUAACUGUAUCAGUUGAUCUGAUAAAUGUACUUGUUUUAUUUUAUAUUCUAUACACCGCAGCAUGCAGAACGUUUGAACUGAUAUUUUUGCCUCAUAACCUGCACAAAUCUGUAUGCCGUGAGGAACUAGCUUUUUUGUCCUCAAUGUAAUUUUACGUUUUGCUUUUAAUAUGCAGCGUCCACUUUAAGUGUAUUUCUUUUGCAGUGGAUUUGAGUUUGUUUUAGGUUUGUUUUGAGUUUUUUUUAUAGUUUCCAUGCCAGUGAAGAGGUAUUUAUGGCGAGGGGCAUGAACCCUCGCAGCACUUUGAGUAGAGAGGAAGUUGUCAAACUACUGAUCUUCCAUUCAGAUGUAGAUUCACAGCUUCCAUAAUGUGACUGGCAAACUCUGCUUGAGGCCCAGAGGUUUAUGCUUUCUAAAGCUUUUAUUCCACAGUUAUGGUCUACCUGUGAUUUGCUUAAAGGGUACUGAAUGGUCUGUCAGUGCAAUGCUCACCGUUUUAAGAGUUUUUGACCUUUUUAUGCUUUGUUGUUUGUUUUUUGUGGAAGAUAUGGGAGUUUUCUAUAGAAAAGCUAAAAAAAAAUUGACACUGUCACUUUAACAAAGAGUUUCCCGAGUGUAUUGUUUCUAGGGGUUUGCCUUAAUGUAGCAGCAACACGGUGUGUUUGAUAUGCAUUCUUUUCUUUGCACAGACUAUUAUUGAGAGAUGAAGAGGAGCAUUUUCUUUACUGCUGACAUCUGCUAUCGAACAGUCACAGCAGGGGAUGUAUUUUCAAUUUGUACAAGUAGGAUUUGUUUCUGUUUGUUUGAAGCAAAAACUAUGCUCUGUAAAUAUAGAAAUAACUCUCAAUCUUUUAUAUUUCUUUGAACGAGAGGAAUUAAUAAAGCUGUUUUUUAACUAA